AUGGGAGACGUUCUUAAUGAUGUCACUAUUACUGGCAUCAACCCCUACGACCAGGCAUCAACCCCCGACCAGGCAUCAACCCCACGACCACGACCAGGCAUCAAUCCCUACGACCAGGCAUCAACCCCACGACCAGGCAUCAACCCCUACGACCAGGCAUCAUCCCCUACGACCAGGCAUCAACCAGGCAUCAACCCCACGACCAGGCAUCAACCCCACGACCAGGCAUCAACCCCCACGACCAGGCAUCAACCCCCACGACCAGGCAUCAACCCCACGACCAGGCAUUAUCCCCCACGACCAGGCAUCAACCGACCAGGCAUCAGACCAGGUAUCCGACCAGGCAUUAUCCCCACGACCCAACCACGACAUCCCCCACGACCAGGCAUCCCCCCACGACCAGGCAUCAACCCAUCAACCCCACGACCAGGCAUCAGGCCAGGCAUCAUCCACCACGACCAGGCAUCAUCCCCACGACCAGGCAUCAACCCCCUCGACCAGGCAUCAUCCCCCAUGACCAGGCAUCAACCCCUCGACCAGGCAUCAUCCCCACGACCAGGCAUCAACCCCCACGACCAGGCAUUAUCCCCACGACCAGGCAUCAACCCCGACCAGGCAUCAUCCACGACCAGGCCAUCCCCACGACCAGGCAUCAACCCCCUCGACCAGGCAUCAUCCCCCAUGACCAGGCAUCAACCCCUCGACCAGGCAUCAUCCCCACGACCAGCAUCAACCCCACGACCAGGCAUUAUCCCCCGACCAGCAUCAACCCCGACCAGGCAUCCACCACGACCAGGCAUCAUCCCCACGACCAGGCAUCAACCCCCAGGCAUCAUCCCCCAUGACCAGGCAUCAACCCCUCGACCAGGCAUCAUCCACCACGACCAGGCAUCAACCCCACGACCAGGCAUUAUCCCCACGACCAGGCAUCAACCCCCACGACCAGGCAUCAUCCACCACGACCAGGCAUCAUCCCCACGACCAGGCAUCAACCCCUCGACCAGGCAUCAUCCCCCAUGA